UGUUAUUACAGGUCUGCUUCACCAUACCAUGGUUUUAUGAUUAUGAACAGACUGAGCCUUCAUAACCUAACUGAACCAAUCACCAAGGAUUUAGACUACACCCUCCAAGAACCAUUCUUACUCUACAAGACUGCCAAAGCGAUCUGUGGGAUCUGGUUUUACAACAGGAAUGAUUGCAUUAGAUUUGCAGAGUUGAUUCAAAGAUUACUGGCCAAAAUUCGACAAGAAGAGAAAGUCAUUGCACCAAGCGCGACUGCAGCCACAGAUAUCAUGUCAAUGCUUAGCAAAGCACAGCAUGAAUAUAAGCAAGGUACUAAGAAAAAGAGGAGUGUAUCAGAGAGCGGUCCCUCUCCUAUUGGACCUGGUGGUGAUGGUGGUGGUGGAGGUGGAGUCAUCAGACCAAUCCCUGUUAAGGUUUCACCAGGUCAUGUGUCUAAAACAGAAGAUCAGAUGUCAGCGCGAGGUGGUGCUAAACCCAAAACCAGUCCGAUGGGUCCAAGGUUUCAGAGAUCUGUCAGUAUGCAAGAUACAAGAACCAUGGCUGCCACAACUACAUCUAGUGUAACAACCACUGCUGGCCAGGGUGAUGGUAGUAAGGUGAUUCCAGUCCUCCAGAGAUUAAUGUCACAAGGCACAGAAGAAAGACCUGUCAUCACAGAGAAAGGACAGAUACACACAUUAGAGAGUCUGGAGAAAAUGCACACAAACUUACCAACAGAGGGCAGUAGUGCUCCUGCAGGCAAAAAACCUGGAGUACAAAGUCUAGAGAGCAUAGAGAGCUUACAUAUACCUUCUGGAGGAGCUAGCGACAAGAGACCUUCAGCCGCAGCUGCUGGUACAGCUGGGGCGCCCUCUAGUGCUGAAUCAUCACACCACCUACAAAGACUUCUCCAGCGCCUCCAGAGUGGCACAGACACUGCUCAAGCUCAGAGCCUGUUAGGGGCUGCACCAUCAAGCACAUCAGCUGAACCAUCACCACAGAAAGAGGUACCAGAGAAGGUACCCUCACCAUCACAACAGACUGAUAUGAAUCAAGCACUGUUAGAUAAGCUGAAGAGCGGGACAGCAGUGGUACCACCAGUGAACCUUUUAAAACCAUCUAGUGCUACCCUGACACCAAACCUCUUAGUAUCACAGUCUGCAAGUGGUACCUCAGAUCCCAGUAGAGCACCGCCUGCUAUGAAACAGCUCUUCCCUGCUCCAAAAGAAGCAAGAAAGACCCCUUCACCGCCAACCACCAUACAAGGUGUACCCUCCAACCUCCUUACACCAGAACUCCUUAGAACACGUUUAACCAGCGAGUCAGCUCUACUCUCACCCCUUAAACUCAGUGGUUCAGUCCAGGCUGGCCAGAGUCAACCUGUAGGCAAGAGGUCUGAUCCAUUGUUACAGAGGGGUCCACCAACUCCACUCACCAAGGAGCAGUUGGCUGACACAUUAGUUCAUCUCUUGAGGACUGAUGACGACUUCUUGAGCAAGAUUCAUUCUGCGUACACACACUCUCUUCAACGUCUACCCCCUUAAGAUGACCUUUGCUGGAUCCAGAUGAUCUCUUCUCACUAACAUAAUAUCCAGCAAACAGUCCAUGGGAUCCUAUGGAUGAUAAACGCUCAUUGCAUCUGAUGUGAAUGCAUCCCAUAGCGCAAUCACUGUGUUGCAUAGGAAGUGAGGUACUUAAUUACCUUAAUGUCUCAUGAAUAAUGCAUUGCAUUUUGCAAAGCACUAACCUUUACAGCCAAUACUUGCUGAUUGUUUGCUGUUAUUGAUGCUGAUAUAAAUGAUGCCAAUAUAAAUGAGGAUAAUGAUUUGGAAAACUUCAAAUGAAAAAGAAAAGAAAAAUGGAUAAAGGAUGAUAGACUUUGGGGGCCCUCGGCAUGAUUGCAAGCUUUCUCUGUUGAUUCAUCCAAAGUUCAUCAUUGGUAUUGAGUUAUGUCUUCUCAAUAAUUAGUGAUGACAAGGACAAAGCUGGUCGUGAUGCUGGUUUUCGUUAUUGUUACUCAGUGUUAAGCUAUCAAUAACAUGAUCGUUAUCCACUUUAUAAGUAGAAUUCCACAUACAGUCCAUGUUGGUGAUAGAUGAGGCAGCCUGAUUCAUGCUCUCAAACCCAACACAAGCACCAUAUUCGAUCACUCAUUGUAAUAUUACUAAUUUAACUAUUUUAAAUCACUAUUGAAGGUAACACGUUGACUACAGAGUUUCUCAUGAGGAUUUUUAGCAAAAAAGUAUAAUACUCCUCGACCCCAAUACCCUCCUGAAUCCAUACCUGUUAUCCAGGCCUAAUUAGUUUUCCUUCUCAAAUGAGCAGGUGUAUGUUUAAAAUGGUGACACAAGUUUCAUUUUAUAGCUCUACAGAUGUUACAUACAAACCUUUAUUGUGUGUAAUGUUGUUUGCAAUUCUAGCAUUUUAGACAGUACCUACUGAAAUAGUCAUUGUCCUUGAUACUUGAUAUUGCUUCCAAGAAAUUAGAAAGUUUAUUUCAAUUUUUACAUGAUGAAUCAGGAAUAUUUAUUUCCAGUAGAUUUCCAAAGAUUUUUUAUUAAUGGCAUUGACUUACAGAAACAAAGUAUUAUAACAUUAAGGCAGCUGUACUUAUCAUGUAUCACUCAGUCUUUUCUGUUGCUUUUUAUUAUCCUGUCAUCAUCAGAAAAAUCUUAGCAAUACAACUGAAAAUAAAGAUGAAUCAUGAGGACAAAUUAAAUAAUAUUAACCUCAGCUAUCCAAAUCUUAAAGCCAGUAAAAAGAUAUAUUGAAAAUGAAAAUAAUCCCUGGGACCACUUCACGAGUAAGACCUUAUAGUUAUUACUACCUUGAAAUUACUACCUUGUACUUACUACCUUGUAAUUUAGUUUAACAUGUACCCAAGAAAUCUUGCUUCCAUAUUCAAGGAAUGAUUUCCUGAUAUUUCUUCUUUUGCUUUAUAAAUGAUACACAAUCUUUUGCGUGUGGAGCAAUAUUUUUCUACAUCUAGGACUGUAAAGUAUUUUGUUAAUAUAUUUCCCCAAUAGAUAAAAAAGCUAAUCAAAUUUGAGACAUGAUAGGAUUCAUGGUACAUGUAGUUGUAAUUUGUUUAUGAAAUUCUCUUCUUUGGUCUUUUAAAAAUAUAUUUAAUUGUCUUUGAAGCUAUGUUUGUAGAUCUGUGUUUGACCAAGCACUUUAUAUGAUAUGCUCAUUAGUUGAAGUAUUCAGAACUUCAUAAUCAUACCCUAUAUUUAUUCACCUUGACAAAUCAUCUGUCACUUGACUAUCAUUCAGGCAAAUACCCCAAGUUAUUAUAGAUCUCACAAGUUAUUAUAACAACUCUGACGUUGAUGUUUUGUAUAGAAAUGGCAAUUCCAACAUAAGCAUUGAUACUUGGAGUUGGCUACCUUACUAAAAGGUAACCAACAUUGCAUGUUGCAAUCAGGUUUUUGUGGUUAAUGCCAUACUGACAACAGUGUUACCACAUACUGAUAUUUUCUGAAUAUUUUGUUGUUAACAUCGUGUGCUAUCUCUUUAGAAAAAGUAACACAAAACCUUAUUGGAAGCCAAAACAGUUAUACAUUGUUGGAACGCUGAGAGUGAGUAGAUGAAAAACAAUGCAAGUUACAAGCAUUUCACUGCUUGCCAGCUGAGUAUUAUACGUUGAAAGACUAAAAUAUAUGUGCUUUGAAAAUUAUUUUUCUUCCCGCUUAUCAAGUCAUGAAUUCUAUGACAGUAAUCAUAUGUCAUUAGAGUUCUGAUGACAUGCAUCUGCAUACUGUAGAAAAGACUUAUCUAUGUCUUGAUUAUCAAAAAUACAAAGUCGAAAAAUAACAUAAAAAGUUUUUCCUUCUUAAAUUGAUAAAACGUACAGCUCUGGAGCUUAUUUUGGCCAUUUUUGUACUCCCUGCUUAUCUGCUGCAUCUUUUCAAUCUUGUAUCUGCAUUCAAAUCCCUUGUAACAGCUUUGUCCGACAUUGCAGUCAUGGCCAAAUAAGUAGCAUGCAAACAAAUAUGUGUAUAAAGAAGGCUAUAGGUUUACAUCCAUUUAAGCAAUGAAUAUUUCUCAUGAUGUUUUCUGUGCAAAUUGGUUUAAAAAUAUUUGAAUUUGUAAUCUACAAAACAAGAAAAUAUUGUUCUCAAGUUCGGCAGUUUGAAAGAAAAUACUCCACCAGUAAGCUUUUAAAAUAUAUGAGACCGAUAUGAAGCUGAGAAGGUUUUCAUUGGUGUAUAUGUUUUUUCACUUCCAAUCAGGUCUUAAACAAGAGGAGAUGGCUGGUAUGAAUGGUUUGAUUAUCAUGACAAAUUAAAGUUUUUAUAUAAUUCCAUUUCACACUCAGAGAUGCAGUUUUUAAGAUAAGAUAGUAUUUCAUUGUUAUUUUAAUCAUAUUUUUUUGUUGAUGUAAUUUUACAAUGUAUCAUAACAUGAUUUUUGUGCUCCAAAUAAUGAUUGAUUUAAUGAUUUUGUGCAAUUUAAUAAUUCUUCAGAAUUCGGAUGAAAUCUCAUUUUUCUUGCUGCACAAUGGAUUAUUUACUGAAAUCAUAUCCACUCCAAUAUUUGGUAUUUUACUUUGAUAAGCCCAAAACAGUCUUGAAUUCUCCCUGAGCAGCAUUGUUACAUUAGAUUAUCAUGCAUAAUUUUUGGUGACCUUUUAUAUAAACAUUGAUUGUUACUAUCCGUUAGAUUUUCAUUCAAAACUACAUAUUUGCUGUGUGCAGGCUGUGUGCGCCCGUAUAAGCAGUGUGUGUAGCCAUAUUACACUGUAAUUGAGUGUUUGGUUCAUCCAUAUGGUCCUUGGUGUCUGUCUCUAUUGCAAUCAUUUUUCUGAGGGGUGCCAAUAUAUAUAAUAUUUUCAUUCGGAGUAUCCUCCCACAUGAUAGACCAAAAUUUUUGCAAAUAACUGGUGAUGUUUUCACAACUAUUUUUGUUUUGCGAUUACUUGGUCAAGCAAUUUUUUAAAAGUGAGCCAGUGUGUUGGCAUUUGAAUCAUCAAUGGAACGAUUGUAUGCUAUUUAUGAAAAUUGAAUAUUUCUGUACAUUUGGACAGUGUACAAAAUACAUAUGAGCAUUUUAACAUAUUGUGACAUGCUUUGGUCUGUAAGUAAAAAAAAGCAUGUUACUCUAAAGCUGGUUGUGAAUUUUAUCAUCAUUGCUGUUAUAUUUAUUGCCUUUUUGUCUCGAGAAGAAAACAGCUAUUAAAUUUUUGG